AUGAAGUGCUUCGAAAGAUUUAUGUCCACAAAUGUCUACGUUCUCUUUUUUCGUUUCAAAGAUGCGGCCGAAAUCGUUGAGGAAAUUGAUAUUUUGGGAAGAUUGACUGAUUUUGUUACCUUCUUGUAUGCCAACCAUGGUGAAAUGUAUGAAGAAAAUGUUGGAAUGGCAGAAUCGAUAUUUACUCUGCCAAGAGAAAAGAUUGCAUACGGUCUAAUCGCUUUGUUCGCACUGUACUUGAUUAUCGGCUCAGCCGCCCAGUUGGUAUGCAACCUGAUUGGCUUCGCGUAUCCGGCAUACGUCAGUGUCAAGGCUGUACGAUCACAGGACACCAGUGAUGACACACAAUGGCUUAUUUACUGGUGCGUGUUUGCCGUCUUCUCACUUCUCGAUUUCUUCGCCAUCGGAAUAAUGCAGUGGUUCCCGUUCUACUGGUUAUUCAAGAUGACCUUCCUCAUCUACCUCUAUCUACCGCAGACUAUGGGUGCUCAGUAUUUAUUCUACCACUAUGUAAAUCCAUUGGUAACAGCAAUUGACGAGUACUUCGACAAAAAAGAAGAUAUACCGUUCUUGUCACAUUGA